AUGGCACAACCAGCAGAGUUGACGAUUCUAGCAGAAUUUGGAGCGGAAGAAGCAAGAAAACUCCUUCCUUGUAUUCUCAGGCUCGUAAGUCGUAAUGAUCAUGAAGAUUUGGCCGCCGAUGAAGCGUCAAUCAAAUGGUUUGCUAACCCUCAACUCUAGCAUGGACUUGAUAGGCGCAGCAUAGAACGACUGGGAAACCCACACAGCCUCGCCCGCAAUCUGAUGAUGGUCAACACUACCCUUACAUUUCUCUUUCAUCCCAACGUUUUCACCGACCCCAAAGCAGAAGCUGCCCGAAUCUUCGAUCUCUUGUACGCGGAGGCUAGUGCUCAGGAGAAGGAGCUUGCCUUUCGUGAGACCUUUCCCAGAUAUGUAACAACCUCUCGACAUCUCGGAACGAUCCACCCGCCACUGCCCGAAAUCCCAAACGUCUUUAAACAGUUCUGGGAUGGUGCAAUGGAACGAUAUCGGGAUGUAUACAAAAUCAAACUGGACCCUAAUCAGAAGAAGACACCAGGGAAGGAUGGUGAGCCACAUAAGCUGAAGCCACUCAUUCAUAAGAUGAUUGAGAUGGAAAGAAGACGCAAGCGGGAGGAGGAAAAGGUAGAAGCGGGAGACUUGCCGGAUCAAAGUACGGGCAAUUCUUCCACUCCGAGUGCACUGUCUGCAAUGUCGAAAAGCACAAAGGAAGCUGUGAAGGGACCACCUGAUUCAAAGCGGUCGGCAACAUGGGGGGCUGUCAACAAACUUUUUCAUCUCAAGAAAGGUGGAAGAAAACAAAAAUCGUUAGACGUGGAUGGCAGUAUUGAUGAAGAGAGCUUUGCAGAGGAAAGCGUUGAUAGUGAGAAUACUUCCGGGGGAAAGGAUUUGAAGGAUCGGUCUACAAGCAUCAUGGGGGCCGAAACCGGACCUUCUUCAAUUAGUAUGACAGAGGAGCAUGAGGCCAGAAUUUCCCCCAACACUCCUGGAGUUGACGAUGAUCUUGCUCACGUUGAGCAUAUCGAAUAUGCGGAGAACAAAUUCGAAACUUCCCAAGAUCGUGGAUUGUGUGAACCUGACGGUUUUGUCAAGGACAAACAGAAUGAGGAUGAAGGACCACACCAAGAGUUGCAACGAUUGGAACUUGUCAAGGAUGGUUCUAUGGAGGUAGCCAUUUCGACGGACUCGACCGAAUAG